GGUACCGAGCCUGGGCUUUCCGUGCUGUAGCGCUGCUUUCUGCCCCUGGGUCUGGGCUGGAGGCAACUCGGCUACAUAUUUAAAUAUUUUUUAAUGUUGCUGCUCAACAUCACAAGCUGUUUGCAGAAGAGUUUUAGUGAAUUUAGUACAAUGGAAUCCCUAGGUUUAGUGACAAGACUCAGAUUACACAGGUAGAAUUUCCUCCUUUCAGGCCUUGAUAGCUGACAGCUUUUAAAAGAUUUGGCUUGAGAUUGUUGUCACAUGGGUUUUGGCUUUGAAAGGGAUUAUUUUAUAGAUAACUGACUUUAUGGGUGGUCUAUGUAUUUGUAGGGGAGGGAAUUAUUUUUUUUGUGUGGUUCUUUCAGGUAUUAACAACCCUGAAAAAUACGUACCUGCCAUUUUCCACACUGUCUCAAAACGAGCUGCUGAGAAACCAGAUGUGAAUCAGAUAGUUUUUAUUAUUCUGUUCAAAUUUAUAUGCAAGCAUUCUUCUUCCUUACUGAAGCUGAGGCAAGAAUCAGAUUUCUUAAGAAGCACAUGCAAAGUGGUUUUGUCAGCAUAUAAAGGAGAGGUGGGGCUUUAAUGUUCUUGUUUUGGUGGUUAUUUAUGUGAAGACUGCGUUCUAAGGAAGAAAAUCUGUAAGUGAUGUAGAUAUAGCAUCUGAAGGUAUUGGUGAGGGAGUAACUUGAGGAUACUAAAGCUGCCUCUGAUAUUGCAGACAUUUAUCACAGUAAUAAUGGUGUUGCAGUAGUUACCCUUAGUUUGGGAAGUCUGUUUGGCAGUGCUUGGGUCCUCUUUUAUUUCUGCUUCUCUGAGCUUGUGUGGGGACAGGGAUGGAGCAUGAAAUGCAAAACUCAAACGAGUUAUGUUGUGCCUUGAACUUGUAAAUGUGCACUCUGCCCUGAGGAAGCAAAACCACUGAAGUCAGUUGAGAAGAAGUGGUCCUGGAAGAUCUGGUGUAUUUAGAGGAAUAAAUUCAAAUAGAUUUCCAGAUCUUGCUGCUUUAUUUAAAGGGCCAUUUUUGACUUUUACAAGGUGUUGGUAAACGUCCUGUUAUACUGAACCAGAAUUUAGUUUCGCACUUGGCUCUAAACGAGCAAAAUGUUGGUCUGUGCUAGGACUGAAUAGGUGUGGUUUGUUGGUGGUUGGGUACAGAGAACAAAUACGAGAUUUCCUCACUUCCAGAACUGUUUGUACCUCCUGAGCAACACUAACCACAGCGUGUGCAGGCAAUAAUAUGUGCCAUAUCCUGUGCUGUGAUUCCAUUUCAAAUAAACUUUAUGUCCUGGGGCUAAUCUUUGGGGUUUUUUCCUGUGUAGUACGUACAGGUUCUCUUGUUCUCCUUUUUGAUGAUGCUGUGGGAGUUGCCCCACUGAAGUCAGGAGGAGCAGUAGAAGGCUGAGUUGAUAUUCGGUGUCAGUGUUUUGUGUCCUCCGUACACAAACCUUCAGGCCCUUUGUGCCCCAAGGCCUGGGGGUGUCCAGGGGGCAGGGGCACAGCUGUGGGCACUGCUGCAGUUUGGAUCAAAGCCCUUUUUUGUUUGGCCUCAGCAGGUGAGUACAGAUGGGACCAGGGCUUCAGCGAGCACAUUCCCCGGGAACGAGCAACUUCCAAGUCUUGGGGGUUUGUCACUGGAAUCCAGCUCUUGGGCCUGCAGCUCCACAAAAAUAGCCCCUGGACUGGAAAAGGGUUAAAGAGCCUUCCCUUUCACCUUUGGCAAAUAUGCAAGGAAUACUUGGAAAAGAAAGGGAUGUCAGGAAUGCUGUUGGGAGGAGGGACAGCUGUUUGUUUUUUGUCCUCCCCAAAGUACAUUCUAUUUAAAUAUUUACAUAUUCUCUUGCUGAAAGGCUUUAAUUUAUUUUCUAUACUUUUCUGAUUUAUUAUUAAGUUAUGAAUUUAAUUUAAUGGGUGGAGACAGAUUUGUAACUGCUAAUUCUUCCACUUCAAGUUGAAAAAGCAUUUCUGUCAUUUUUUUCACUCAGAGAAAUAUGAUGGUAGAAUUUUCUAACAGAUUUAAAUGGUUUCAUCGAGGCUAGUGCUUUGUCUUUUAAUAUUAUUGCUUGUUUUCAUGUACUUUAUAUAGUUUGUAAUCUCAGUAAGCUAUCUGAACAUCCAGUAAAACUAGAAAACUUGAGACAAUACUACCUUGAAGAGAAAGCAGUGGAAGACUAAUAAUAAAUGUCAUUGCAGAACAGUAAUAACGUAGAUAAUAAAGGAAAGCACUUGUAAAUGCAAAAAUUAUAUAUUUGUUAUUCAUAAACAGCUCUGAAUGGCCACUGGGUCCUUCAUUGAUUCACACAUACCUGUCCCAGCCUUGAUCACACCCUGGGGAUCUGUUCUGCACAGACUGCCCUGCAAAGUCACUGCAUCUAGAAUUGUGUACCUACUGAAGGCAUCUGUUUUAAGUAUUAGUUUAAACAAUCAGCAGUAUUUAAUGACAUGAAGCAUCUUGGAUUACAAAGCUCCUGCAGGGAUGGGAAAAGUAUAAACAGAGUUCCUGAGACUCCGGAGGAAACGCUUCAGCACAUGGUUGGUAUUACACUUGGGAAGUAAUCUUCUGAAAUAACAGAUCAUGGAAGACACCAGUUGUGUCUGUAGUCUUUGCUGGGCUGAGGCCUUGGUCACUAAUCAUGGUUCAAAAUUAAAGGUGUUUCACUUCAGUGUAAAAUGAGUUUUACAAGGAACAUGUUUGCACGCAGUACAGACCUUCAAUACACAAUUUGAAAGUAAUUUAGCAUGAGGAAGAGUCCCUGUUUAAUUUGAUAAUAGUAUAAUGCCUUUGGAUAGUUUUAAUUGUCAGAUACAUGACUGAUACACAGGAGCUAUUUGGUUUUGAGGAGUGGUGUGUAUGUACCCGAGGAAGCCUUGGAGAGUUGAUUGCCCCAUUUUUGUUGAGGUGACUGACAGCCUUUGGCAAGUUGUCACACAGGUACUGGCGUGAGCGGAAUCUCGGCCAGGAUUCGGUCAGUGCCCAGAACUCUGGGCUGGGCGGGAUCCUCAGUUUAGCGUUGAAGUGACUCUGGCAACUACAAAUCCCAGGGAGCAUUGCUGGGAGCAGGGUUGUGCAGGAGGGUUGGCAUCCUGCAGGCACCAAUGGCAGCCGAGAACUCCUGUGAUCCCUGCGUGUCAGCUGCCAGCGCUCCAAAGCACCGGAGAGAGCUGGAGAGCGGCGUGGGAGCUGCCUGUUGCCCUGGGCUGAUUUAAAGUCCUGUGUGAGCUCUGAAUUGAUAUUGUGUUCUACAACCUCUGUGCCGGCUGGAAAAAGCCCGUGGGAGUAGUGCCGAUGGAUGCGAUUCUGAACUGCAGCGCGGAGGAUUUGGAGGAUUACUACAACUUGCUAGGAUGCGACGAGCUGUCGACGGUUGAACAAAUUCUUGCAGAAUAUAAGAUUAAAGCCCUUGAAUGUCAUCCUGACAAGCAUCCUGGAAACCCCAAAGCAGUGGAGAGUUUCCAGAAGCUGCAGCAAGCUAAGGAGAUUCUCACUAACGAAGAGAGCCGGGCGCGCUACGAUUACUGGCGACGAAGCCACAUCACCAUCCCCUUCCAGCAGUGGGAGGCCCUGAGCAGCUCCGUGAAAACGUCAAUGCACUGGGCUGUCCAAAGUAAGAAGGACCAAAUGCUGGAGGCCCCUGACUUCAGUAAUACCAACAUAACUAAUGAGAUUUGGACCCAACAGAUGGAAAACAAUGAAGAUGGAUUGUUGGGAGGGAACAGAGAGCAAGAUGAUGUUGCAAUUCCUGAUGUGAAACCACAGUCUUCAAAGAAUCCAGACUCCCCAAGAUUUUCAGAGGGAAAUUACUGGCACUUGCGUUUCCGCUGGUCAGGUGAUGCUCCAUCAGACCUGCUGAGGAAAUUCAGAAACUAUGAGAUCUAAAAUGCAAAAUAUACCAGAGCAUGAGAUCACGUGUUCGACAGUGCAGUAUUUUUGUUUGUCAGCAGUUAUAAGUUAUUUGUGUUUUGUACUCACUCAUUGUAACGUGAACGUUGUUCCAAUCACUGUCUAAAUACUGGUUUAACACACGUGCUGUGAGCAUUGCAGGUGGAGGUCUUUUUGUUUAACAAGCAAAGCCUUUUCAGUAUUAACAUGAAAUGAUUUUGUGAAGUUAUCUAGUAUCUUAUAUAUUGUUUCUUGUAUUCUGAAAUACUGUGUAGUGGUUAAUAUUUCUCUGAGUGCUGUGAUGUUAUAAAGAACAUACUCUCAGAAGAACCAAAAGCCAAUGUUGGACUUCAGGGUAUCAUUCUGUUCAGAGAUGACCAUCCUAAAGCUCUUUGACAAUGAACUGUAAACAAAACUGUGCUUAUUUCUGAACUCUGUGCUCUGGUUCACUUCUCCAUGGCAUUGUACUCACUGCAGUGAUUUAUAAUGCAGGCAAUCACAAACUUAACUUGUUGGAGAAUUGUGAUCUUAUGAUAGAGAUGAAAAAAGAAGGCUCUUAUUAUCCAAGAAGGUCACUGUGAUAGAUCAAACACUCCUAAAAUAUCUCUUAAUUUCUACCCUAACGAGUACAGCUAUUUGCACCAGCUAUUUGUUUUGGAAGGCAGUUCCAAAACUUUACUUGUCCAGGUAGCAAUGUUUUUUAAUUAAGAUUUAUUGGUGGACAACUGAUCCUCCUUGUUAUGUGUGCCAGCGUUGUCCUUUGGCUUCACAGCAAUUUCCCACCCUGCUCAGGUGGGGGUCGACAUGGUUUUAUCAGGGUUUUGUAUGGUAGGAAUGAAGAAUCGGAGAAGUCAGCACUAAUGUGUACAAAAUCUCACAUGCUAGGUUUUUGAUAUUUUGGGCAGCUUCUCAAAUUCUACAUAGUUGUUUAUUUAUUUUGUAUUUGCUUUCUUCUUUGCAAAUCUGGCUAAUAUGUCAGACAUUGUGGUUUUGUGUAGGCAGAUAAUUCCAUCAGCAGCAAAUAAAACUGCCUGCAUACAGAAAAGGGGUUGCUUUCAUCUUUUUAAUUAAAUCUUUCACCCACCACAGAGAUCCCUUUAGAAUUUCUUAUUAUUUGUACCCUCAGUGGGUAAAAGCUUAAGAGAGCUUAAGUUAUGCAUCUUGGGCAUCUCACUGGGAAGUAUAACCUGAAAAGUACAGUGUUCUGCCAGCAUGGAAACAAUGCUAUGGUGGUGUCUGUCUCCCUCAUGCAGGGCUGAUGUGCUGACUGACCUACUGUGCUUCUCCUUGCAUAUUUUGCAGCUAGAAACAUUAUAGAGAUGAGAUUAAUAAUUCUCUAAUAUCUGGUAAAUGUAAUCAGUCUUUUUUUUUAGUGCAUUUGCUGCUUUACUUCAUACAAAGGUAUUUGCUCAAGAAAGACUUUCAGUCCAUAUUAUAAAGAGGGAUUGUAAACAGUGUCAAACAGUAGUAAUAGAAGAAACUCUGGUUCAUUUGAAGGAUAUACAGUAAUAGGGAACAAUUUUCCCUCUAACAAAAAAAUGGGAAUGCAGCCAGCUGGAGCACUUUGAAUCAGGUGGCAGCUCAGAUUCUCCUCUCACCAUUUCGCUUGCCAGUAAAAGUGAAAGGGGGUAGUUGGAUGGAUGAUUUAGCACUUAAUGAGCUGGUUUCUCUUGAGAAGUGAGUACACAAUAGACCUUUGAACAGCAGGCUCAUUGUUGGUGUCAUUAAAACUGAUGUGAUUAGCCAAUUAUUGCACGGUUUGUUUUGGCAAAGAACCUUUGGGUGUUUGUUCUGGAUGAAUAAUUGCAGAUAUUUGGAAGACUCUUAGCCUAGUGAAAGCUGAUGGCAAAACUUGUGUUUUGCAACAUGCCUGCUAGAGAUCAGUAUUGUAAUUUGUAUUUGCCCUCUGAAGAGGGCAGGUUUAUAACUGGUGCUCCAGAACACCAAUACCAUCAAUACAGCCUUUUUUCUUUUUCUAUUUCUCUGUGUGUUAAACUUGAAAUGGUUCUGUAUUUCUCAACUAGAGUUGAAUUAACGUAUUCCUAGCAGAGCAAACCCAGGGAUACUGGAAGGCCAGAGGAACUUGUGCAACUUUUUGCUUUUUUUCCCCCCAAAAAACAGGUGGGACCUGACCUGUUGGCUGGUAACAAUAGUUAGCUGGAAUAAGUGGGCAGCCUAGUUCUUCAUCAUGUAAGAAAGUAAAGAAAUAAACACCUGACAAAAUAGUCAGUGUUAGAUGACUCAGGGUCCACCCUCCGAGGGUAAGCUGCUUCUUUGCCUUUUUUUUUUUUAGAAGUUUUUCUGCUAGUAGCAUGAAAAGACCCAGCAAAUAUUCCCCAUGACAUUUUUAUCUACAGUGUGGUGCCUCGGCCUGGGCAGUGGUGAGCACGUUACACACUUCACAUGCUUAAAUUUUGACUGGGUCGGGAGUUGUGAGGUGGAUCUCAGGCUCUGAGAGGAUGUGAUAACGAGCCAGUGGUCAGGUGUACCUGGUUUUCAGUGGCACACAGAGAAUGUAACUUGCUUUACAAAGUGGAAACAACUGCAAGAGGUUGGUUGUGGGGGUGGGGAACAACAGUGACAAACCUGGACACGACAUGUUAGAUUAGGGCCCUUGAGUCUCAAGCUGGAGGAACAGGGCAGUUCUCUGCAAGUGAUGGUAAGGUCUCAUUUUCUUUUUUAGCACUUCUUGUGAGUUGUUUGGGUGGGUAACAAAGGGCUCUGAAUGUUCUGGGUACCUGAGGGGUCUGACUUGGUGUGUGCUUCCAUCACAACAACUGAGCAUUACCGUGCUGGAGUGCUACAGCUCUGAAUGACUUGGUAUGAGAAUAAACUGAGAGGUGAGCCCAGCUCCUCUGGAGUCCAGUCAGAAGUGUUAAUAAAGCUUGGCCAUUAGUGCACUUGUGAGGGCUGAAAAGCUUCAAUGUGGAAGUUAUGAGAUAGCAGAUGGGGGUGCAGGUGGAUGAUGACAAUAAAAUACAGAGAAUGGGGCAUGUUGUUGAAUGCUGUGUUUCUACGUGUUUGAGACUGUAUUUGUAAGAUCAGAAAUUAAGCAACUAUUUAGCCAGUUGUUUACAGUGUAACUGAGCAGCUGGGGGGGACCCUUGAAUUAUGUAAAAUUAUUAUAAUUUUAUUUACUGCUGUCAUACUUGUUGUGCAAAUGUGGAAUAUAUAAGACCGAGAAUGUUCUAGUUCUUGACAAACUUAUUGUUUUGCCAGUAUUUGCUAGGUUGUUUUGCCAACACUUCCCAAGUAGCAAUGUAAGAGUUAAAGUUUGGAUGAUGAAUACAGACAGUAUAUGACUUAAAAUCUCAGGCUGAGUAAUGCUGAAUGAUAGGUAAGGUUGUUUCCUGAAUGUUCUUUUCCUCUUUAAAUGAGAUUAAAAAAAAAAAAAAAAAAGUAGUUUAUAAGUUUUAUAGUAGAAGCAAGUAUCCUGAUGAUGAUUAAAAUAGAUACUGGGUAGCUUUAAUUUCCUGAGCAUGAACAUUGCUAUCUUACCUUCCCAGCAGCUCAUCUCUCAUUUCAGGAUAUGAAAGUGUAAGCAGUGAGACUGUUGUAAAGCUGAUGAAAUUACACAGCUAAAGAUAAAGCACCUCAGUAAGUUGUCAGGCUCUGUCACUGUCAGAUGGGGAGACGUUUAUCAGUUAGUUCAUGCUGGGUAUUUUUGUGGCAGCCCAGUGUACACACUCAUCCUGCUGUUCCAGGAGUUGCCAAGCCUCCCCAUGAUGGCAGGCACUGGGUCUGUGUGUGCUUUCACCUUCACUGUGUUUAGUCUCGUCUCCCUCUGGUGUUAACGAAGAUGAGACUCUUCAGGUACUCUGUUUGUCCCAGCUUUGAAGGGCUUGUGUCUGAGUUAUUACAGUGGUACACAGGAUAAACUUGGAGCUUUUAAAUGUUUCAGGUCUCUGAUGGAUAUUCUAACCUGUCACAGGUGAUGGAUGCUGGAGAAAAUGAUUUUUCUUUCCUCUAUUCCAACUUCACACUGGUUUGCUCUUUCUCCCUUCUUCUGGAGCAGUAAGGGAGAGGGGCUACUUCUAGAAAAUGAAGUUUUUUGCCAAAGUUCAGAAGGUUUCCAGCUCUGAUAUGUGUUGUGGUACUCAGUGCUUUGGACAAAAUGAUUUGCCUGCUGCUUUGUCAAAAGUGCUUCUCUUAAAAUACGGAAGGACUCUUGGCACCAAAGGCAGACAGCUUUUCUAGGGAGAUGCAGUUUGACUCUUGGGCGUCAGUCCUUACAGAAACGACUUUGUUAGGAUUGUCAGAGCUGGUCAUUCAUUUCCAUGGAGCCCCCAGAUUCUGGCUGGGUGGAGAGAGGACUGUCAGCUCCUCCUCUUCCUCACAGACUUUGUGCAACAGACUUUGUGUGAAUGAUGUCUCUGGGUGGGUGGUGGGCAGGAGAAUGAGCAGAAAGGCCCAGAGGAGUAAGAGACUGUUGCAGCUCGUUGGCUCUGGGUGCCUUUGGUGUCUUCUGCUACCUGAGGUCCUGAGCCCAGGACGCUGGUGCUGUGUCUGGAGCUUUAGUAGGCUGCUUGGCAGUCCUUACUUAUUUUCUUCUGUAAUUACAAAAAAUAACUGCAAUUAAACCCAUAUGGUUCUUCCCCUUUAGUGCCUUGAUGGGAACAUUUUCAUAACCCUCGCUGAUGGGUGAGAGUGGGAAAGAACUUGGGUAUUUGCUGCUGCUCUUUUUUCAACUGCAAAGUUUGGGGGGAAAUCUCUUUCAAGUUGAAAAGGUUCACUGAAUGCAAAUACUUCCUUACAUUGAGCAGAGUUUUGUUGUUUUUCUGACAGACUGGCCUCUUGUUUUUCAAUAUAAAAUUUAAAAUAAGGACAUAUUUUGGUGUCAGUCAUUUGAUAUUUUCAGCCCCAGCAUGGUCCAGUGAAAAGGACAUCCUGAAGUAAACUUCCUAACAAACGUUUAUUUGGGUUGGUGCUUUGCCUUCAGAUUUAUGAAAACAAUGAAACAUGUCUUUUGGAAAUAAGACCCUGAAACUGGUCAGAAAAAAACCUGUCAACUUCUUCCAUGAUACAGUGGAAAAGAAGGAUUAGCUUGGCCAAUGUUUAGGAAUUUGAGUCUUUUAAUACUAUCUCUUUAUUAAUUUGGAAAGCCCCCCAAAACUGCGUUACACAAAAUAGUGUUUCUCCCUUCUGUUUGAGAUUACAGAGGUGGGAAGAAUCUUCAAAUUAUAAAGGAAAAAAAAAAAUUAAAUUCUUGGCUCAUUAAACAAAAUCAGGCCUUAUAUGUGGAAAAUAGGGUAGUUUUUUUAAAGUUAUCUGAAAUGUGCACACUCCCUCAAAAUGUUGAUAUUUUGCAGAGUGACUAACAUGUACUGUUCUUAACACAAAAUUUUAAGCUGCUGUGAGAAUAUAAAUAUGCUAAGGAGAAAGUAGCACGUACUGCACCUUGGCAAAGGAUAUAUAAGUUGGUAUUGAAUUUAAAAACUGCCUCCUCUGCAAUGUCUGAGAUAAGAUGUGCAAUUCCAGUAUCCACUGGCACAUACUUUCACCUGUGAGAACUUAAGAGAAAUGCCUUAUAUUAUGGUCAUAUAUUACACAGUCCCAUUGUCAGUUAUUUAGCAGUUUAAAAUUCCCUUUAAAGUGUACCUUCUAACUUACAUGUGCCCUAACAGGAACAAACACCAAAACCUGAAAUCCCUGGAAAGCCUGGUUAGGGAGCUUUUUGAAAUGUUCAUAUUUUGCUGCCAGCUUAAACAAUUGUUUGUUUGUUCCCUCUUUUAUUUUGUUCUGAGCAGGAAUAAAUCACUGUUUCCUUUUC